CAUGGCUUCUGUGCUGACUGGGCUGUGGCAGCUGAUCAUUCCGAUGAUUGUCCUGUCACACUUCUCAGCAUCUCUUCCACCUCGAGAGAGGACUGAGAGACACGCUGAUGGGCUCUUCCACAGUGAGCUCAGCAAGAUGAACGGCAAUGCCUACGUGCAGCAGCUGGUCAAACACCUGGUGGGCCUCAAGGAAAGGUCCCAGAGGCACUCGGACGGGCUGUUCACCAGCGAGUACAGCAAGAUGAGAGGAAACGCUCAGGUUCAGAAAUUCAUUCAGAACCUCAUGGGCCGCAAGCGCAGCUCUCCAGGCCUAGUCAACACAGAUGUGCAGGGGAGAGAAGAAGAAAACAAGCAGGAGGAACUUUGCUUUAUGUGGUUGUACCAGAGCUUUCUAAACAGCAGCCGCCCGGACAGUGAUGCCAGGGAAGCUGCUGCAAUUACCAGCCAGUUCGUUUGCCCCAUCUCUAAGCUGCUGGUUGCAGACCUGAAGGAAGACACAGACAGUUUCAACUGAAGGUCAAGGGAAAGAAACAGACAAGAAGAUGGCUUUGCAUGUAUAUAACUUU